UGAUCCAUGUUCCCCUUUCAGCCGCCCGGGUCAGGGAAGGAGGCGCCGGGCUCGGCUCUGGGCUCUCGGUCGGUCCCCGGCGCGCCGUGACAGGGCGGCGAUGGGCGCGGCCGCCUUCCUCUGGCUCCUGCCGGGCGUCCUGCUAGGCCUGUGCGCCGGAGAGAGACCCUCUCCCAGCCGACCCUUCUCCCCGGAAAGAGACUGGGAAGGGAUGGCGAGGGGAGGCCGGCGCCUCCUCUCCCUCCUCUCCGGGGAAGCGCUGCAAGCGGCGGACGACGACCUGUCCGGGCUGGAGGCGAGGCUCCCGCGGGAUCUGCUGGACUCGCAGCUGGAGCCCGAGUGCCGGGAGCUCCUGGCGGGCUUCGCCAACAGCAGCGUGAGGCUGACCGGCUGCUUGGUGCGGAGCGCCCGGCCUGUGACCGUCUGCCAAAACUGCCACCGCCAGUUCCGGGAAGUCCGGGAGCUGCUGGAGAAUAUCACCCGGGCCGUGGGGAACACAACUGAGAGUAACCACUGUGCCAGAAGUCUUUUGAAGUCAGAUAGACUACAGCUAGUUGUGAUCUUGUCUAAUUUUUUUAAUGACACGUGGAAGAAAGCAAAUUGUGCGAAUUGCUUAAAGAAUAAUGGUGAAGGAUUAUCAAAUAGUACAGUGACAUUCCUGGCCUUAUUCAACGAAUCAUUGGCAUGCUUUGAACGAAACCUCCAGAGGCCAGAAGACAAUUUGCUGUCAGGUAACCAGUCAGACGUAUGCAAGAACUGCAAUGAAACAUAUAAAAAAUUGAAUGACAUGUACAACAAUAUGGAGAAGAGUGGGCAGAAAGACGAAUCUGGAGAACAGUUUCAUUUGUGCAUCGAUGUCGAAGAUGCUAUGAACAUCACUCGAAGGCUUUGGAGCACAACAUUCAAUUGUUCCGUCCCAUGCAGUGAUACAGUGCCAGUGAUUGCAGUGUCUUCAUUCAUCCUCUUUUUGCCAGUUGUUUUCUACCUGAGCAGUUUCCUUCACUCAAAGCAGAAAAAACGUAUCCUGAUGCCAUCGAAGCGGUUCCAAUCAAAUGACAGUUCUGUGAACAUCCAAGAGAAAAGGAAUUGAGCUGGCAGAAUGCAAGCCGCACUGGGACAUAUUUUAAUUGCUCUGGAGGAGAUGAUUACAGUUUAGCCUUUCACUGGAUGGUAGCAAAAUGUUGUGUGACUCUGAGACGGGUACAUGUAGUAAUGUGGCAAAGGUUUUCAUUGAGGUACUGUUUAUCACUUUGUAUGUGGAAAGGACAUUAUGGAAGUACACCCCCCAGACCCAGGAUUUUUUUUUUCUUACAUGCUUUUAUGACUGGGAACUGUCUAAUAUCAAUAAUAUGCACUUGUUUUCAUUAUACAUUCCUAGCUGACUUUCUGUUUAAGCUGGAGGGAUAACAAUCUAAUUACAAUGUCCGCAUGCCAUGAACUUGAAGGUUCACGAUUUUUAUUACUGUUCAUUACCAUUCUUUUUUGUCUGUAACUUGUAUGUGUGUGUUCUUAAGAUGUCAUAAGAAAAAAAAGUAGAACUUCUGCCUUAACUCCUAACAAUUUUUGCAACUUUACAUAAUAGAUAUUUGAUGUUAUUCUUUAAUUGGAUCAUUUCUUUAACAGUAAUCAACUAAGUGAAAUAGGGUGGGGUGCUUUUUUUAAAAA